AUGAUUGUGACGAAGAAAUUAUAUCUUCCGUCUCCAGAUAUCCCACUUGAUAAGGCUGUUCAAGCAUUUAAAAAUAAAGGACUGAAUGCUACAGACAUGGUUUAUCUUCCUGGAGGUGGUCACAGUGUUGGGAUACCACCUUGUGUUGCAUUCGAAAAUCGUCUUUAUGAUUUCCAGAACACUGGCAAACCUGACCCAACCAUGAAUACAACAUUACUGAAAACCCUACAAACUCUUUGUCCACGAAAUUCUGGCGCAACUGGCACUGGACCCAAAUACCACAUUCAAGAGCCAGCUUUGGCAAUUUCUGCCUUCGUGAGUACUAGUGCGGGGACCGUAUCACUUCCCACCACCCUUUUCGCCGCUGGCAUUGAUGAUAACAUCCUGGCUAAGAACUUCAAGGCUGGUGUUGCCACCAUUCUAGGUCUAAGUUCUGGUCUUGCACCCACACCAUAA